AUAUGCUUCAAGAAUAUACUUUGAUGCACCUGUUGUCAUUGCCAACCCUUGCGUAGGACAGAGUUCGGCCUCCUUAGCACGGCUCUUCUCUUCUCCUCCACGUUCCUUUCAUUUCCAUUUCGAACUCAGGUUUCUUUGGUUUCGUUUUCCUGCUUCAUCAUGUCGGCCCUCAGUUCAUUCAUUUCCCACUAUACCAAGGUGAAACGGAAGCCGAAGCUUAACAACCAGUCUUCCUUUCAGAAUUAUCCCCACAUCGACUCACCUUCCUCUCCUCAUCCUUACGCGUCACCCGUUGUUGACAUACGAGAUACGACGAGUGUACAGUCUCGCGAGUCAUCGUCUGUACCGCGAGCACUUCCGAAUCCGUCUUUGGAGGAAGCGAGAGAAGUAACUUCUGCAGAACCACUUCCACAAACACCCGAUGUUGAACAUUCUCCGAGUCCAGAAGGAGAACCACCCAGUCCAGAACAGGAACAUCCGCCUACCCCGAGGCUUUCAACGCCCCCCAGGAUGACACUGGAUCUUGACAUAUCAUCGGGCCUAAUGUCCGAUUGGAUACCCUCGCAUUUGUUGGACUCGGAAGCAUAUACAGGGAGUACGAGUAAUGGAGUAUAUAGGAGCCCGACAGAGUUGAGUCCGAGUGGGCUGGGAAGUGAUGGACGGACAUCGGUCGUUGUCGAUGUGAACUCUGUGAAGGAAGGGAUGGACGAUGAGGAUAGCGAUCACGAUUCUGAUUCUCCGACUUCAGAUCAUCUUGUUGAGCAGCUACAGAUCUCAGAGGUUUCGCUCAAUCAUAGACAGUCGUCACGACCUGCUCGCGCACUGCCCAGUUUACCUUUCUCGCCCUCGGUUGCCUUGAAGAAAAACAUUCCUACGCCAAUUAAGAUCCCCAAUCCUACGUUUCAUGGUCCCAAGGUUCAAAUAAUACGCACCUCUGGCAGGCGUGCCUCAUAUGGUCAAACACCCUCUAGCCAGCCCUCUGGACUAGAACCACCUCAUUCGGGUGAAGAUGGCUCAGCCUCCGCCGUCUCCGGUACGACCCUUGCUCGCGCCUUGAUCGGCAAUUCCUACAUUCUUUCAGAUGAACGUGCCUCCAAAUAUCGUAGUGGUGCAUCUAUUCUAACUCGAGCGGACUCUGCCACACUGCCCAGAGAUGAUUCGUCGCUUUUGAGCUCCCCCGUUUUGGCGUCUGCACGAGAGCGAUUCAUCAGUGGGAUGGGUCAUGACAUUCCGCCUGUUCCUGCUAAUGCAGAUUCCGUAUAUAUACCACCGAAGAACCGGCGCAAGCUGCCAGCCCCCCUCAGUGUCGGUAGGAAGCGGCAAAGUACCGGUGGUCUUCUCUCCCCAGAUGUCAUUGACGGAGAGGUUUUUGGCCCUGUUAUACAUCGGUCGAGUAGCAAUGGUGGACUUGGGGCAGUCGCUAGAAAAGAUGCCAGGUCCUCCAUUCUUGUCCCAAGUCCAGAAGGCCACCCUCUGAUCGAAUCUGUCAAAUAUGACAGACAGAUAUCGCCAAUAUCAGAAGUCACAUCUCUCGCCACACGUUCAUCCUCAAUGAGCAAUUCAAGGGACCAUCUGACCCCGACCUCUACAGACGCAUUUUCGGCCUCCAUAUACACACCUUCUCUACUGGUACUUGAACCAGAUUCACCCGAGUCGGAACAAAUCAAGCCGCAGACUUCUCAGCUUGAAGUUUCCGACAGUAGACCUCCUCAAUCACCAUCGUCGCCGUUGCGAUCGGAGGAUACGUUUUCUCCGGAUGCACGGAGACAAUCUGAUGCUCUGUCGUCCACAGCACCCUCUUCUUCAUCAACAGGUCAAUUUGACAAUGUUCUCGACUAUUAUGAGCAGCCGUCAGCGAAUGCGGAAGUUGAACCACAAGCAAGUGUCGAAACUAGAUCUCCGUACCCACAUCCCCAUGGCAAUCACUUCCGACCGCCUUUCUCUCCCAUAUCAGAAGAGUCCUUAUCCCAGCUGUCACCUCCUUCACCUUUUGUUCAGCGAGACAAGCCAUCUAAAGAUAGGAUGAGCACGCUGAGUGGGAUGUUUGUACUGAGUAGAAGCCCUUCAAGUGCAGGAGGCUCAAGUAGCUGGUCCAGUUCUCGAGCGGAUCUAAUAAACUCCGGCCGACUCCUACCAUUGGAAGAAAUCACCCAGGCUGCCCUUCCCACGACACCUUCGCCCUCAACGCCCUCCACCGCCAAUUCUUCUAGAAUACCCGCAUCAUCAUCGUCACCCUCUCUUCAGAUCCCACCUCGUUCCCUUCCAAGUCAUGUUUUCAAUCGCCAGCGCUCAGGGAGUACGCCUAACCCGAUUCAAGUGGUCCGUGACCCCAAGGAUCGUAAGCAAUACAAUAUCACAAUUAGUCUCCGUCCAGGUAGUUCUGGGAGCCCUCCCUCGACUACGGAAAGCGACGAAUUCUCGAGACAAACCUUCCCAGAAACCCCGUCAGUUUUCACGCCUCCUUGGAGCCCAGGUUCACUGAUCUCACCUGGGAUGCCGCGCUAUACGCUUGGAGAUCGGGAGUCGGCAGUUGAGCAAAUGUUCCCUCAGACACCGAUGUCGGCUUUUGUUUUUAACAUGGGUAUUACGAGCAUGUCUUCACCGGCAGCAGAUGGAAUGCCGAGUUUGGCUCAACAACUAUUAACCCGUGCAGCUUCUUCUGUUCAAGGUGUCAGAAGUUCACGGCCGGGUGCCGAAAUUACAAGGGCGAAAACGGUGGCGGCCGCCAAUCCUGCAACGAUGAGCGCUGUGAAGGAUUCAGAGUCGAAUGGCGUUGGAGUCGACAAAGAAGAAACAAAAACAAAAACACGGGAUCCACAGCCAUCCUGGAUCACACAACAUUUGUCUCCAAGCGGAUCCCCCUCCUCUAGUCAGUAUUCACAUCAACAAUUCGAGGCUCAACCGGCUUCACCGCCACUCGCAGAACCCCGACAAAUACCUCCAACGGUUCCGGAUCCUUUACCACAGCUACCGCCCUCACCACCAGAUCGCUCAACUUCACCCACCCCUUCGCCGCAACCACAGCCCUCUGGAUUUGCCGGAUACCCUGCCGAAUUCAAUCAAAGUACCUCCGCCGCCUCAUCUCUUCGUCAAACGGUCGCCACAACACAGACCCCCACCCCCGAUAUCACUCCUACCGGCUCCACACAAAAUUUGAUUGUGAUAAGUGAACAACUAGCAGAGCUUGUUGACGUACAUCCUUCCGACGAUCGUUUGUACACUUACCCACAAUCCAGCUAUGCUGAAUCCCGAAACAGCAAUCACCACGAUGCCUUUGGAGACAUACCAGCCCUACAUUCACCUCCCCCAUAUUACACUCUCGUCUUUGAGGCCGGUUCAGAUGGGCAUACACCUAGCUCUGGUGAACCAAGUACCAGCCAGUCUGGUCAUUCCAGGACGGAUUCUGAAUAUCGCUCAACUACGGACAGCCAGAAACGGCCUGGGAAUGACAAUAGAAUCUCGAGGAGGUUGAGGAAUCGACCCGGCGUUCCGCUUGGACCGCGUCGACCGAGUGAUCAAUACCGUGCCUCGGGAAGCCAAACACGGGAGCGCAAUGCCUCUGUAUCCUCAUUCGUUAGUGUUGGUCCAUCCAAUGGCGGUGGUCGUCGAUUCUCUUCUACUCCUCUGGCAUCACCCAAGAACGGACCUCGCUUUCAAACACCCCCUGUCAGAUGGAGAGGAUACUCCAUGGACGCUGCCAAAUGGACUUUUACUUCCUCACAGUUGCAAGCAAUUGUUUCCCGGGCGAUAAAACAAUCGUCUGAAGCUUCUUUCAUCCGGUUGCUGCAACUACCAACAGUUGACCAGGAGAUUCCGAAUGAGUUACGGAAGUUGGAGAUGCAACGAACGGACUUUAAGUCCCGGUAUAAAAUGUUGGUCAGAAAAAGAACGGAGCUAUUAGGGAGACUCACUUCGUGUCUCGAGGGUACCACACAAGAGGAUAAUGUCGUUGCUGUGGGUCUGGUAUCGAGAUUGACCGAGGUGUCUUCUCAAUUGGAUCAGUUGGCGGAAGAGCUUCACAGCGCCGAUGAACAAAUAACACAGCUCAAGUCUUUACGCGACGUUCAUGACGGAAGCGCCUUAGCGAUGGCGUUGAGAAAGCUCAACACGAGCUUCCUAAAACAAUUGUCGAUAUCUGAAGGGCUGCGGCAGCAGGUGGAGUCCCUCGAGGCGGAGAGGGAUGAUGCAUGGAGGCAUGCGGAAAAGGUUGCUGCAGAUCUUGACCACCUUUCCGGAAGGUUUGAGACUCCAGGAGAUUCCCCUUCAGCUAGUCGUAGCAAUCGCUCAAGCAGGGUGAUGGCUUUGCGAAAAUCAAGUCUUCGUGUGUCAAAGGCCGGCUUGAGGUCAUCCUCAAGAAGGUCCUCAACGAGUAGUCAUAGGUUGAGUACAGCGACACUGUCUGGUACCAAGUCUGCGUACUCUACGGAGGAUAUACCCCCUGUACCACCAAUUCCGCGUCCACGUCAGCGGCCUGUCAACAUUGUUACAGACCUACGGACAUCUACUACGGGUUUGUAUAGCGACGCCACCCCCAGCUCUGAGACGAGGGCAAUGGUCCAGGCCCAUGAUGAACUUUGCGAUCUACUUGGUAUCAAAAUGGAUCCACGUCCAAGAAGGUCUCGAUCGGUGAUUGAGAACUCUCAAAGAAUAUCAUCAUCGGUCUCUGGAUCAUCCCGUCGUACCUCAAGUCGUCCAUUAUCAAUGCCUGAUGACUCAGGCUUAACAGAAGUCUAUAAUGUGAUGUCCGCGGAUCGUAACGCCAUGUUGGCUACCCUCGAAAUGCUUUCAGAUCCUGCUUGAUCUAUUUAUUUAUUUUGUUUAGACUUUGGACGUCAAUCUUUCUUUCCCAUUUUGUUAUUUCUUAUUUUCAUGUUGUUGUUUUCAUAGUGCCUUGUCUAUCAGCAUCUCAUACUUUCAUGUAUCAUGAACCUACGCACUCAAUGACUAAUUCCCGCUUAUGGCCUC